CUAACUGCGUUUUAUUUCCAUAGCAACCGACAACAAACCUGUCGAAACUUAUCUCGACCAAGUAUCUUGGUAUCUAAAAGGUUGUUUAUUAGAUGUGGAGGCUGCUUAGAAAACAUAGAAGAUAAGCUCUCGACACCAUGAAACCCGCGUCCACCUCCAGAACUUCUGGCAGGUACCGCAAGUUGGCCGACACAUCCAGUGCGGACGAUGACCUGUUUGACAAACCGAACAACAGCGAAUCAAUGGGAGAACCAACCAAGACCAAGAAAGAGCAAAGGAUCCUUCAGAUCAUCUCCAAAGACUUAAUCCGGACUCUCAGAGUCCCACGGAUAGAACGUAUAGAAGAUACUAUUGCCCUUCCGUCAUCUGGGAUUAGAGGGAUCAUCUCAAAAUCCCGUAUUGGUAUCAGUGAAGAGAGAGAAGCUUUAAAAGAAGCUUAUAAUAAAGAAAAGGAGGCAAAAAUGAAAGCUGCUGAAGAGAGAAAGAAUCAAAUCUUGGAGAUAGACCAAUCUCAAAAAGAAAACCCAGAAUUAACAGAAAUGCAGCAAGAUGCCCAGAAGCGUUCGAAGCGGAUAGUCAGCCGGGCCUACGACCUACAGAUGGAGGAAGAGCAGGAGAUUAAAUCACUCAAUAAAUUGAUCCUGUGUGCCAAGGCUCAAGCCACAUGGGACGAGCAGCUUGUGGAAAAGAAAGAGAUCAAGGACCUGAUGGACGAAGAGGAGAGGCGUCUGGACAUUAUGAUGGAGGUGGAGCGACGCAGAGGUUUAGCGGAUAUGAAGAUGAUAGAGGACCUUCACAAAAAGCAGAGAAUGGAAGGGAAGGACCAGAUUUACGGCCAGAUUAAAGAGCGAAUGGAGGAAAAACUAAAUGAUAACAUGCUGAAAGAGCUCGAGAAAGAACAGGUCCAUAGGGACCAGGAGAGAAUGAACCGGGAAUAUCUCGAGGCCAUGGAGAACAAGAGGAAGGAGCAGCAGCUUCUUCAGGAAGAGAUCAUGCGCAUCAAUGCGGACGUUACGCGGGCCAAGGAGAAGAGGCUGGAAGAGGAGAAGCUGGCCACCACCAGAGCUAUGGAUUACCUGAAACAGAAAAUGGAGAGGGAGGAAGAAUUUGAAGCAGAGCAAGAACGAAUCAAGAGGGAGAAAGAGAAGGAGAUAACUCGGCUGAGGGCCCUGCAGCAACGGGCAAAAGAUUACAAGGCCGAGCAAGACGCGAUCCGUGCUAAGAGGAGCCAGGACAUCAGUGACAGAAAAUGGAGGAUGCAGCAGAAACAGCUGGCUGAAAAGAAAGCCAGAGACGAAGCCAAUCUGAAGGCGUCUCGCCUGGCUCAGGUUAAAAACAAGGAGUACUGCAUGAUGUUGGAGGCCAACCGGGAGAAGGCUGAUAUGGAGAGGGUGCUGAAGGAUCAAUUGGCACAAAUAGCCAAGGAGAAGGAGGUGGAGCAGAAAUAUAACGAGGAAGCGCAGCGUCACGCAGCGAGCCUUCGCCAGCAGGUGAAGGAACAGGAGCUCCUUGCUGCUGAAAAGCGCAGAGAAAAGUUCAAGGAGGCCGAACGGAUGUUUGAAGAAGACCGGCAGAGAAAUAUGCGCCUCCUUGAAGUCAAACAACGAAAACUCCAGGAGCUCAAGGCUACAGGGAUCCCUGAAAAGUAUUGCAUACAGGUGGAACGAAAGUCCCGGAAAAUAAUAACGGAUCCAAGGACUGUGAAGGCCUGAGGCUCAUCCAGUCAUUUCGGAAUAAAUAAUUUUAAUUAUUA